UCAGUACCACUGUGGUCUCAGCAGCAGCGGCUUAGAGACUAUAGUGUUGUUAGACCACUGUUGUGCAGGAACAGACAAGGCAUAGCUGAAAACCGCCAGCGGAACAAAUGAAAACGAAAACUACUCUUUCAUGUGGAUUAAUUCAGGGGCGAGACACUCAAUCGAAGCGAGAAGCUCUUUAAGCGAAUUUGGACCGACUGACGAGGAUUGGGACGUUUGCUACUGUACGAUAGCACCGCCGAAUGGUUUCUCUUGCCCCGCCGCUAAGGUUGCUGGCUAACAGAAACGGCCAAUAAUGCACAGCAUCUGCUCUGCAGCCACACCCACUUCCUGCCUGUAGAGGAAGCGGCUGUGCCAGCAUGUCCUCUCAUCCCCAGUCUGUGCCGCCGGGCCGGAGGACUGUGGACACACGGCACCUGCCAAACCCUGCCAGUCUACCCCUGCAGCUGCAACGGGCACACACGGAAGUGGGACUGGUUGACUACCACUCUCAUCAUGCCAGGGACUACAGCUCCCACCUGAACCAGCCUCAUCGCCGCCGGCCCUCCUUACUUUCGGAGUUUCAGCCUGGGAAUGAGAGAGGACAAGAGCAACAUAUUCGCUAUGAGCACAUGUACCUGCCAGAGGCCAGCAGCCAAUCAGAGGUGGAGUAUGCAGAGAUCAAACGGCCUCGUUUAGAGAUGGGACCAGAGUCUAUGAUGAGGCCUUCAUCCCACCGGCCACAAUUGCCUAUGGGAGGGUCUGAGGAUAUGGGAAAGGAGCGUGGAAGUGGAAUGGGGAAGCUGGAGCCAAUCUCCCCCGUGAGCCCGGUCCACAUGGACCCUGACUUGGAUCUGGUGCCGGCUCGCUUCUCCAAGGAGGAGCUGAUCCAGAACAUGGACCGCGUGGACAGGGAGAUCACCAUGGUGGAGCAGCAGAUCUGCAAGCUUCGCAAGAAACAGCAACAGCUAGAGGAGGAGGCUGCAAAGCCACACGAGCCAGAGCGGCCCAUCUCACCACCACCCAGCGAGGCCAAGCACCGCAGCCUGGUGCAGAUCAUCUACGAUGAGAACAGGAAAAAGGCAGAAGAAGCUCACAGGAUACUGGAGGGACUGGGACCCAGGGUAGAGCUGCCUCUGUACAAUCAGCCUUCUGAUACCAAGCAGUACCAUGAGAACAUCAAAAUAAACCAGGCGAUGAGGAAGAAGCUCAUCUUAUACUUCAAGAGGAGAAAUCAUGCUCGUAAGCAGUGGGAACAGAAAUUUUGCCAGCGCUAUGACCAGCUGAUGGAAGCCUGGGAGAAGAAGGUGGAGCGCAUCGAAAGCAACCCGCGGCGCCGAGCCAAGGAGAGCAAGGUGCGGGAGUACUACGAGAAACAGUUCCCAGAGAUCCGCAAGCAAAGAGAGCUGCAGGAGCGCAUGCAGAGCCGUGUUGGGCAGAGAGGAGGUGGGCUGACCUCUUCUGCAGCUCGCAGUGAACAUGAGGUCUCCGAGAUCAUUGAUGGAAUAUCAGAGCAUGAGAACACAGAGAAGCAAAUGCGGCAGCUGGCGGUCAUCCCUCCUAUGCUGUUUGAUGCUGAGCAGCAACGCAUCAAGUUCAUCAACAUGAAUGGAUUGAUGGAUGACCCCAUGAAGGUCUACAAGGACCGGCAGGUUAUGAACAUGUGGAGCGAGCAGGAGAAGGACACUUUCAGAGAGAAGUUCAUCCAGCACCCCAAAAACUUUGGUCUGAUUGCGUCAUUUCUGGAGAGAAAGACGGUGGCGGAGUGUGUGCUCUUUUACUACCUGACCAAAAAGAAUGAAAACUAUAAGAACAUAGUGCGGAGGAACUACAGACGCAGAGGAAGAAGCCAGCACGGCCAGCAGCAACAGCAGCAGCAACAGCAGCAGCAGCAACAAGUGCACCGGGGCAGCCAGGAAGAGAAGGAGAAGGAGGAGAAAGAGAAGGAGGCAGAGAGGGAUGAAGAAAAAAAUGAAGCUGAAGACAAGGAAGAUGGAAUGAAGGACGACACCUCUGGAGAAGAUGCCGAGGACAAAGAGCCCACUGUGGCUUUCAAGGGCCGACGCACAGCCAACAGUCAGGGGCGCCGCAAGGGCCGCAUCACCCGCUCGAUGACCAGUGAAGUGGAGGAGACCACCACACCGCCACUCAACAAUGAGCUUGCUAAUCUGGAGAUGAAUGAGAGCUCUCGCUGGACUGAAGAAGAGAUGGAAACUGCCAAAAAAGGCCUUCUCCAGUAUGGUAGGAAUUGGUCCGCCAUCGCCAAGAUGGUGGGAUCAAAAACCGUGUCACAGUGCAAGAACUUCUACUUCAACUACAAGAAGAGGCAGAAACUGGAUGAGAUUCUGCAGCAGCAUAAAAUGAAAUCGGAGAAGGAGCGAAAGGCCCGCCGUAGGGGCAAAGCCCUGCAGAAUGAGACCAGUGCCCCGUAUGCAGCAGAGGAGGAGGAGAUGGAGGGUUCAGGAGCCAGUGGCAAUGAAGAGGAGGCCCCUGAAGAUGGAGAAGGUGGAGCCAACAACAGCUCUGACACAGAGAGCUUGCCCUCGCCACACUCAUCAGAGGACAGCAAGGCUAAGGAGGAAGGCUCAGGCAGGUCCAAGGCCAGCUCCAGCACCGGGGACAAGGAGGCGUCCGGGUCAGACAUUGGCCAGGCAGGGGAUGAGAAGCCUCCAGUCAAGGAAGAUGGAGAAUCAGCCAUCAAGCAGGAGAUAAAGACUGAGACAGGGGAGCCCAGCAAAGAGCAGCUGCAGCCAACACCACCCAGCGAUGCCAUAGAUAAAAAACCUUCUACAGCAGAGAUGGAGGAAGUCAAAAGCUCCACCAAGAGCUCUAAGAAGCACCAUGGGUCCAAUACAGGUUCCCGUGGGGACAGUGACUCUAGUGCCACUUGCAGUGCUGAUGAAGUGGAGGAGACAGACACAGACAAAAACAGAAUGACUUCUCCACGACCAAGUCUACUGAACUACGCUCACGACGGAGUCAUAUCCUCCACACUGCAGAAGCCCAUGGACCUGAAACAGCUCAAACAGAGGGCUGCUGCUAUACCACCUAUUAUGCCAGAAGCCUCAAUGCAGGGCAGUCAGUGGAGUGGAGGUGGCAAGGCAGUGCUGCCCCCCCACGCCCUGGCAUUGUACCAGCAACAGAUCACCAUGGCUCAUGGGGAGUCCUCUCAGGAGGUCAAAAUGCAGCAGCAGCAGCAUCAACAGCAGCAGCAGCAGCAGCAGCAGCAGCUUUCAGGCCAGCCAGGCAAACAGCAGCCCUACACCUCGCAGGCAGACAGGGACAGGGAGGCUCUUCACAGCAGCAGUCCUCGUAUUCGCCCGCACAGCCCCUCCACCAGCGACAAGGAUGAGCUGGAAGGCAACGAGAGGUGGUUACUGACCCUCCUGCAGGGAUUAAAAAGGUCCCGGGCUUUCUCUCCGCAAGGUGAAGCCAAGAAGCAGGCACUGGGCCCUGAUGACCUGAGGACCUCCAACUUAGGUCGACCAGUGCUGUCCCGCUACCCCAUGUCCCCGCGAGACAUGGCCAAGAUCAGUCACGACCAGCAUCUGCUCCACUUCAACUCGUUCCAGCAAACAGGCCACCCCUCACUCCCUAAUCUGCCACAGGACAGUGGGAGGCUAGCAGCAGUGAGGCCCCUCACCAUGCCAGAGCCUCCACCACUCAUUUCCUCCACCAAGCCAGGAGGCUCCAUCACACAGGGCACCCCAGUGCAGUUGCACAGCCCAGCUCAUGGGUUGGACCAUGGGAAGAUGACCCCCACACAGAUGGGGUUGUCCUGGAUGGAUCAGAGGAAAGUGGCAGGUCCUUUCCCCGUGAUAAAGCAGGAACAGUUGUCACCUCGCAGCUUGUCCUCUCAAGCUGACAACAUGUCAACCCAGGGCUCGCCUCAUGAUAGUGCUGCUGGACGUGGUUCUAUUCCAGCUGUUCAGGGGGGAAGUAUCACUAAAGGCAUCCCAGGGACCAGAAUGCAUCCAGAUUCCUCAAUCUCCUACCGAGGGGGCUCCAUUACUCAGGGGACACCGGCUGAUGUGCUUUAUAAGGGAACCAUAACCCGCCUGAUCACAGAGGACAGCGCCAGCCGUGCUGAGAGGGAACGGGAUGAGGCCCUGUCUAAAGGCCAUGUGGUCUAUGAGGGCAUAAGUGGGCACAUUCUCACAUAUGACCGCCCGCCUUCUCAGCCCCCUAAAGAUGAGGGCCGCGGCCCCGGGCAGUCUGGGGAAAUUCUAGGCCUAAAGCGUCCUUAUGACAUUAUGGAGGGAGGCAUCUCUAGAGGACUGCCUAUGAGGGAUUCGCUGUCUGCUGCCAACUGUGAAGGUCUGAUUGGUCGAGCCAUGCCUCAUGAUAGGGACAGUCCGCACCACACACCUUACAAGGAUGCUCAUCACAUCCGUGGUUCGAUCUCACAAGGUAUACCUCGUCAUCUGGACCCUCAGGAUGGCUACCUAAGGAGAGAGGCUAAGCAGAUGAAGAGAGAGGGCUCCCCACCCCGUGGGCCCGGUUCACUUUCCGACCCAAUGAAGGGCAGAGAGGCCAUGGUGCCUACGGUGAAGGAGGCUGGGCGCUCCAUCCACCUCAUUCCCAGAGAGGAGCUGAGACAGCCUACCAAGGAGGGCAUCAUAGCACAGGGAACACCCAUGAAGCAGGAGGCAGCUGCUUCAGGGAAACGUCACGAUGUCCGCUCCAUCAUAGCCAGUUCACCACGUUCCUACCACAAUGCACCCUCCCACCUGGAGAUGCGUGCUGAGAGGGGCCGCUACGAAGAGGCACCAAAAGGGCGACCCAGCGCAGUGGUCAGUACGGCUAGCACGAUUGCCCGCUCUUCUCCACUUCCACUGGGGUCAGAGCAGGGAAGCAAGACCCAUCAUAGUCCAGUGGGCUACGAGGACAAGGGCGCCUUAAGGGCCCCUUACCCUGGGCCGUCACACCGUGGCUCCCCUCUGUCCAGGGAGGCAAGCCAAAGGCAGCAUGACGGUUCCAGUAAGAAUCCGCCUCAGGAGCGCAAAGCCACACCGACCCCCAGGGAAAUGAGUGCCACCAAAUCACCACUCCAAGGUGUUCCAGAUCAACAGACCUAUGAGCGUCUGCUGCAGGGUCUUGGGGCUGCAGAAGUUUACCGUCAAAUCCCCAUAGCCUUUGAUCCUGCGUCGCUGCCCCGUGGCAUCCCCAUUGACCCAGCGGCCUACUACUUGCCUCGUCACCUAGCGCCCAACCCGGCCUACCCUCAUCCCUACCCCUACCUCAUCCGAAGCUUUCCUGACACUGCAGCCCUGGAGAACCGCCAGACGCUGCUCAAUGACUACAUCACCUCCCAGCAGAUGCAUCAGUGGCCUGCAGCUGCUGCCAUGGCCGCCCAGCGCUCAGACCUGCUGAGGGGCCUUGCUCCACGAGACCAGCCCCUUCCUCUGCCCUACUCUGCAGCCCCACGCGGGAUCAUCGAUCUUUCUCAGGUGCCACACUUACCUGUCCUGGUCCCUCCCUCUGCAGGGACAGCUGGCUCCCCAAUGGAUCGCAUCACCUACAUUCCCGGGGGGACCACCACCUUCCCUGGCAGGCCUUACACCACCUCCCCCAUCUCACCUGUUGGGUCCUCGCACAUAAACAAGAUGCAAGGCGCAUCUUCAGAGCGUGAAAGAGACCGGGAACGUGACAGAGAGAGGGAGAGGGACCGGGAGAGAGACAGAGAACGAGAGAGAGAGAGGGAGCGUGAACGCGACCGGGAGAGAGAGCGGGAGAGAGACCGUGAAAGGGACCGGGACAGAGAGAGAGACAGAGACCGAGAGCGUGACAGAGAGAAGGGCGGGUCUCUUGGAAAUGUGGAGCACGCCCCAAUCUGGCGACCAGGUACAGAGCACAGCUUGGCAAGCAGCAGCAGCAGUGUGAGACCUUCCUCCCAAACAUAUAGCCACCAGCACUCCCCAGUGUCUCCUCGCACCCAGGAGAACGUGCAGCAGAGGCCAAGUGUCCUGCACAACACUGGGGGCAAGAGUCUUCCUGUCAGCGAACACUCCAGCCCAUCUGUGUUUCGGUCCAUGUCCUCUGGGCCAGCCCGCUACCAAGGUUACCCUGGCCACCUCCAAAGGACAGGUGUGCCCCCUGAGGCCUACCCACCUGCCAUGGACUCAAGUGGAGCCAAAGAGCAGAGUCGCGAUGGAGGCAAAGCCAGAGGUGGUCUACCUAAGCACGUGCAGGACCAGCACGGGCCCUCCAGUAAAUCUGACCCCAAGCUGUCCUGCCCCAGCCCAGGAGGAAUGUACCCAGGUUCCUAUCCCUCGGCUUCAGGCCGGCCCCACCUGCUGCCUCCCCAGUCGGAUAACCCUCCUGGCCGUGGAGAAAGCGGUACACCUAGUAGGGAAAAGACUCAAAACAAACCGAUGUCCAUUCAGGAACAAGAGCUCCGAGCACUCGGUAAGACCACAAUGACUGCGGCCAACUUCAUAAACGCGAUUAUUAUGCGUCAAAUUUCUUGUGAAACGGGGAUGGCAGAGACGGGCUCGCUUGUUGCCAGCUGCGCCACUGAUGCUCAGCAGAAGAUGGAGUCACACGGUCUGUACCGUCCUCCAUCUGAGGAGAGACUGUCUCCAGGCCAACAGCCCCCGUCCCCCUGUGUUAAAGGCAGCCAGAGGGUGGUCACCCUGGCACAGCACAUCAGUGAGGUGAUAACUAAAGACUACACCAGGCAGAGCCAGCAGCAGCAGCAGCAACAGCAGCAGCAAAGCUACCACGGCUCGCCUGUCCUGGAUUUGACCCGUCCACCCAGUGCCUCCAAGCCCCCACCCACCUCACAGGACUCUGCCCAAGGGUCCCGAUAUCCAGAGGGCCUUGGUGGAGAACGCAACCGAGACCGGUCUCCUCCUCAGCCCAAGACAUCACCUGUUAGUGUUUCAAAUGAUGGCAUUGAACCAGUGUCUCCUGCUGGAGCCAGCUCUGAGCCUGAGGUCCAGGGAGGGGCCUCCUACUCCAACGAACAGGGAGAGCAAGGAAUGGGCCGUUCCCCUCCCAAUACCUCCCAGCCUCCAGCUUUCUUCAGCAAGUUGACCGAGAGCACCUCAGCUAUCGUGAAGUCAAAGAAACAGGAGAUGAUCAAGAAGAUGACUGUGGUGGGAAAUGAGGUUGAUUUCAAUGCUGGUCAGCCAGGAACCGAGAUCUUCAAUAUGCCAGCGUCUACAAAUGCAGUACCUAUGAAUGUCCGCUGCCACCCAGCUCCAGAGACACCUGGUAACUCAAUAGGCCUGGAGGCCAUUAUAAGAAAGGCCUUAAUGGGCAAAUACGAUGAUCAGUCAGAGGAACGCUCUCCAUCCAACGCUGCUAACCAGAUGGGCUCCGGUGUGUCCGUUGGUAUGCCUGUAGCCGACGGACGUGUUGAAGACUUUUUCUCACAAGGUGGGGGAAAGUCCUCAAAGGGCAGCGGGCGCUCUAAUGGGCGCAAGGCCAAAUCUCCAGGACCAGGCCUGUCAGGGGGGGAGAGACCAUCCUCUGUGUCCUCAGUCCACUCUGAGGGAGACUGCAACAGACGAACUCCUCUUACCAACCGCGUCUGGGAGGAUCGGCCUUCAUCCACAGGUUCAACUCCGACUCCCUUCCCGUGUAACCCGUUGAUAAUGCGUUUCCCUAGCGGGACGGCGCCCGCUCCCUCACCCUCCUCUGGCCAGCCGGGGGGUCAGGGCACUGGGCCGGCGCCUGGACAGGGCCGGUCCUGGGAGGAGGAGCCCAAGCCUCUGCUCAUGUCUCAGUACGAGACCCUGUCUGACAGCGAGUGACCUGGAAAUCUAUCGUACCACCAGACCCGCUAACCGUUAACCAACUCUGUGCUGCUGCAGCCACACACGCAUACACACACACACACACACACACACACACACACACACACACACACACAAACCUACCCAAACCUACCCCACACCAUUCCACUCUGCAUUUCCUCCAUCAGUCGUCAAAGCAAGGAUCGUGUUCUUCUCCUUUCACACACCUGAGAAGCCAAGCAGCGACGAGCUGAGACACUGCUGCUCAGUGUGUUAGUGUGUGUGUGUGUGUGUGUGUGUUUUUGCACUUAACGUGUUAUGCAUUCACUCCAGGACUACUCUAAAGGACAAAUCACUUUUUCGUUUUUUACUUUUACUUUACUACUUUUCCCUCACUGGCCUUAUCAAUAUAGACACAUUGACCUGCACCUUUUGGGUGCACCGCUCUAAUGUGCUGACACUUGUGUGGAAGGGACUCGGAGGUGGUGGUGGUGUUGGUCUGGUCAGGGGCCUGACGACGGCAGCUCUAGUGACAGAUUUCGACCGCAGAUCUGACCUGAGAGCGCAGCGGCCCACACGGCGAGGACCCUCUCACGUUUCUUCACGGUGAACUCCAGGUGCAGACGGCCUGUGCACUGCUACCACUACAAGAAGACGUGCGAGGCGACGGGAGGAGAAUCAAUGUUUAGUUUUUCUUGUUUUGGUUCUUUCUUUUGCUCCUUUUUUAAAUUCAGUCAGUCCAGUCCUGUGUUUGGAACGUGAGCUGAGACCUUUAGUACAUUUUGAUGGUGAACUUUUGAUGGUGUCAUUUGUUGUCUAUUAUCUGCAAUGAUGUAUCUUUUUGGGGGAGGGGGGGAGGGGGAGGGGGGGCAGAGAUCAUUAUGCGGGGAGGGUCAUAUCAUUGGUUUACAGGGUAAACAUGCUGUUCAUUGCUGAUGUCGUCAUAUAUUUGGGGGGUGGGGGGGUAUGGGUCCUGAGGAACGGCGAAGGCCUGUUGACUUCAGGGGGAGAGAUGAUUUGCCAGAUGGAUGGCACUGAAACAAGUGACACUUUCUCACUGUUUUUAUAUUAAUCAUGUCCGUGUUUGUUGAAACAGUUUUUGGAUAUUAAGCACUUAGUUGUCAGUCUGUUCACAAUGGCGUUUUUAAGAAUGUGUUUCCUGGGGCAGGUGAAAAAUGGACUCAAGAACAGCAUAGAAAUCCCACUGUGGAGGUAUCCUUUAACACCUAUCUGUUUAUUCUGGUCUUGCCACCGAUAUUCUUUAUCGCUCCAACACUCAAAGCGACAAUCGCAUUUUCGUGAACGAGUACUAAGCCGCUUCGAGCAGGUGCAGACCAACCUUAAAGCUGCUUAAAGGCAAACUCCUCAGCAUCACUUGGAGUUUGCUCGCAUUAAAGAGGUGACAAAAAAAAAAAAAAAAAGAAGCCAUCUUUCUAUGACCCUUGGUCCAUGGCGGUGUCAGCUUCAGCUGGCCUGCUAGAAUCCCGUCUAGGAGCUGUUGUGACGGUCUGACCUCUGACCUUUUACUGCCUAGAGGAGGAUCUGAGACCCAACUCCUUAUCCAGGCAGAUUUUGUACAGUUAUGAGAUAUUCCUAGUGUUAAGUGCCAUUUAUUUUACAUAAACAGUACAGUACUGAAGUUACCAAGUGACGCACAAUUUUUUCUUUUAGCCCCCCAUGUCAGGGUUUAUACUGUCCACGCAGGGAAAUCUGAAAACAAGACAGCACAUUAAACGUCCUUUUUUCUUUAUUUUUUUUUUUUUUUUUUUUAAAAAGCAAUUUUUCUGUGCAUUUUUUCUUUGCUUCCAAAUCCAUCACAGCCUCAGCUUUGAACUGUUUCACUCAUUAAAUGUAUCUUCAAAACAAGACAACGCUGUAUUACAGGACAGCUUACCUGGGCCUGCAUCAAAUGUUUUUCUCCAUGAGACCUAGGACAUACUUCAAGUGUUCUUCAUCGCACCCCCUGUGCUUGUACCGGUCAGAGGAAGUCGAGUGGAAGGCAUUCAAAAGCAUUCUGGUAGUUUAUGUAACAUCAGUUGACAUGUACUCACACUUUACAGCAGUAUUUUAAAGGUCACCCUCUGUGUAAAUGAUGUGAAAUGUUUCCGGCUUGUGGCUUUGUGCAACCAGUUACGAAUUCUGUCCCCAGACUGAACACUUUGAAGCGAUGGCAUUGUGCGCUUGUUUAGUGGUUUGCUUACCUCUCUAUCUCUAGUUCAUUUUGUCACAGUGGAUUUUCACAAACAUGACUGUUAUAGGACUACCUCCUCUCCCUCCUUCAUCCUACCUGUCAACGGUGAAGCAUCCAGCAUGCCGCACCUGCAGAAAGCUUAGCCAUGUUUUAUUUGAUUAUUUUUUUUUUUUUAUCAAGACUGAUGAGGGUUUGUAAUUUCAUCAGACAAGGCAAAAAAUACAGCCAGGCUUUGUACAUUGGUCUCUUUGCGUGUAUAUCAUUUAUCCACUGAUGAAAUUUAAGAAUGUGACCGUAAACAGACUAAGCCAUAUCCAGCUGUUCUCUGAACCGAUGACGGACUAAUAUGUUGUUUUUACAAGUAUACUGAACUUUUUAACAUGCAUCCAUUUGUUUUUGUUCUUACAGUUUGCUUGAUUUCAAUCAUGUCACAAUUCUAAAAUAAUCAUUUGAAACAUCAAAAGACAAAAGUUGAUUGCUGAUGUGUUCCCUGGACUCUCAAAACGGGGGGUGGGGGUAUUGACAAACAGUACAUUGUUCAACCAUUUUGUGCAUAAUGAUUUUUUUUUUCUAUUAUUAUAACCCACUGUAUAAUAGCAAGGAUUGUAUAUAAAACUGAAGAGAUGUAAAUAUUUAUGUGGCUUGCUUCAAGGUUGGUAUUACAAAAAAAAAAUUAAAAUAAAAAAUAUUCACAUGGUUAAAUUCUACAUGCCCACCAGCAAGCUUUGUGGAUAGCAGUGUAAAAAUGAAAAACAAAAAAGACACUGCCUUAAUGUUUAAAUAAAAAGCUUAUUGCCAUU